UCAUUCAUAUUUCAAUACUCCUGAUGUGGAAGCCAGGUUGAGCUGUGAGUGUGAUGAAGAUGACAAUAAUGGCCACGAAAGGCAACAUUGGCUGGUGCUUCAUGAAGUAUGUUGUGGCAUUCCCCACGGCCAUAGUAGUAUCCCAGCAAGUGGAGCAAGCGUAGUAACUGUCACUUAG